AUGAAAACUCCUGAAAAAAGAUCCUCAAAAGACUGCCUUUUUUCAGCCAACUACUCCUAUCUGGAUAUACUUAGUCAAGACAGUAUCGAACGACUCGUGGUCGACAAGCACAUUGAUACUAUCGUUCAUUUUUCGGCGCUUCUUAGCGCUGUCGGAGAACAAAACGUCAAUUUAGCCCUGAAAAUCAAUGGACGUGGAGUGGAGAACAUCCUCGAAGUCGCCAGGUCCGUGCCUUUAACAAAACACGAUUUGAAGGUGUUCAUUCCUUCGACGAUCGGUGCCUUUGGACCCACGACGCCUCGUGACAAUGUUCCUGACCUUACCAUCCAAGAGCCCACCACCAUUUACGGAGUAUCGAAAGUAUAUGCUGAACGACUAGGAGAAUAUUACCAUCAUAAAUUUGGAGUCGAUUUCCGUUGUCUACGUUUUCCGGGAAUCAUCUCAGCCACAAAGCCUGGAGGAGGAACAACAGGUGAGUGUGUUCCACAGCAAUUGUAUAUGUACGGAGAUGGUUGUGUUGUAAUGACCGACAUUAUCAAAGCUCCACGUCACGCAACAGAUAUAUCCAACUACUCUUAUCUGGAUAUACUUAGUCAAGACAGUAUCGAACGACUCGUGGUCGACAAGCAUAUUGACACUAUCGUUCAUUUUUCGGCACUUCUUAGUGCUGUCGGAGAACAAAACGUCAAUUUAGCCCUAAAAAUCAAUGCGUCGUCAGGAUACCUUGCGGCUCCAUCUGAAUCGCUCAGACGUCGAACGUACAAUGUGACCGGUUUCUCGUUCACACCUGAAGAAAUUGCCAACGCUAUCAAGAAGGUUAUGCCACAAUUCAAGAUCAACUACGAGAUAUGUAAAACGCGACAAGCUAUUGGUGAGUUCAAAACGUAUUUCCUAGCUGACUCAUGGCCACGUUCGUUGGACGAUUCUGGAGCGAAGAAGGACUGGGGCUGGCAUGUUGAGUACGGGCUGGACGAGACCGUCGAAGUGAUGUUCGCACUGUUGCAACGAGACGCCGAAGCAAAUGCCAUUGCCAAUGCAAACGCCAAGGAGGCAAGGGAUGCAAUGGAGUCGCUGAAUACGAUGAAUAAAUGCUAA